AUGGCUUCAAAGUUUUUACGAGAAUACAAAUUGGUAGUCGUUGGUGGUGGUGGUGUUGGAAAGUCAUGCUUGACUAUUCAAUUGAUUCAGAGUCACUUCGUCGAUGAAUAUGACCCGACAAUCGAAGAUUCGUACCGCAAGCAGUGUGUCAUCGACGAGGAGGUCGCUCUGUUGGAUGUUUUAGAUACGGCCGGACAGGAGGAGUACUCGGCAAUGCGUGAACAGUACAUGCGAACCGGUGAAGGGUUUCUUCUGGUUUACUCCAUAACGUCGCGCCAGUCCUUCGAAGAGAUUAUGACAUUCCAGCAACAAAUUUUACGAGUAAAGGACAAGGAUUACUUCCCUAUCAUCGUGGUCGGUAAUAAAUGUGAUCUAGAGAAGGAGCGAGCCGUCACAGUAGAAGAGGGUGAAGCUCUAGCAAGACAGUUUGGCUGCAAAUUUAUUGAAACAUCCGCAAAAUCUCGCAUCAACGUCGAAAACGCAUUCUACGACCUCGUCCGUGAGAUUCGUCGGUACAACAAAGAAAUGUCGUCGUACCCGUCAGGCUCGGGAGCCUUCGGCAAUCGCGCCCCGGAGGGCAAAAUGGACGUGAGCGAACCCGGCGACAGUGCGGGUUGCUGCGGAAAGUGUAUUAUAAUGUAA